AUGGCAGAAUCGUUGGAAGCUGGGAAGGCUCUAAGUGAUCGUGUAGCGUGGAACGCUGUUAGUGGUGACUUUUCGAUCACCAUCGACACUAACAAUGUACAAGUAGCACGAGACGCGUGCAUCGCUGUAGUCUCCCUGGGUGCUCUCUACGUUGGUUAUAAAUUAGUAAGACCACUAAUCGAGAGUGCGGUUACAAGAGGUCUUGGUGGUGAACGAGAUGACCAAGAAGUUCGAGGUAUCCGACCAAAGUGUUUGCAUGUUCUAUUACAUUGUUUUACAGACGAGAGAUUUCUGGAAGUCUUAGCAGAUUAUGAAUCUGGAAGGAUGAAAGAACGCUUGCAGGAAGAAUUUUCACAGGUUGGAAUUAAAGUGGAAGGAUUGAAAGUGGAGAUCGAAAACAUGGUGGAGGUGAACGAAACAAAGGAAGCCAUAAACAAGAGGUAUGCUAUAGGAGGGCCCCCUAUACCUCUUCACAAUAUGCUUUCACGUAAAAAUAUUUUGCCUUUUCACGAGUCACGAAAAAUUGAAAAAAUUCCUUCACGUUCACGGAAAAAUUGAAGUGAUCACGAUUCACGUAAAAAUAAAACAAAAUUCACGAAUUAUUAUAUGGAUGUCUUCCUUAAUUGUAGAAUCAUUGUACUCGUCUGUACUUACCUCGACAUGCUUUCAAACCUCCAACUAUGUCGAAAACAGGCUUCUGUACAUCAAGUACUUCAAAAAACAGCAACAAACCGUAUUUAUUACUUGGAAAGCUGAUCACACAAAAGGUCACAAAACAGAUGAUUCACGAAUCCCGCAUAUUUCCAUCUGCCAUUCACGGGUCACGGUUAAAUCGAAUCUUUCCUUCACGUGCACGUAAAAAGAUUGGAAGUCGAAUCACGGAUUAAGAAAAUCAUCGAUCACGUUUCACGGCUAAGUAAAAUAAGCCCAUCACGCUUCACGCAAAAAGUAUAGGGGGCCCUCCUAUAGAUGUUUUAUAAAAAAUAUAACUCGUGCCGCGCGCGUUUUGAAUUUCAAAAUAUAAGACUUCCAACUCGGUUUUUAUCUUAUAACUAAACAUCCUCGUUCACAGGCCCACACUAUGUAAAUUUUUCCUGAGGAUUUAAACGAAUGUAUAGUUUAUGGGAAUGCUUGGGAAUGCUAGCAAUCUCGUAUAAACUAGAAAGAAUAAUAAACUAGAAAAAAUUUGCAUUGGCAAAAUGGCAUAAUAAUCGUGAAGAUUUCAAACAUUUUAAUAUUGUUUUAAUGCAGAUCUCAUAUCAACAAGGAUCUUUGCGAGGACGUGAAAAAUAUUGUAAUAGAUAAGCAGGUAAAUAAACGUUUAAGGAAAAUACUCUUGCACGCAUUACGGUAUUAGAGAUUCUUUAUCGACAACGAACUGUUUCACCUAUAAUUUGUCCCAUUAAAAUGCAUGGUUAUAUGAAAUAAUACUGAACUGUCUGUGUCAGUGUUAAUGUCAGUGUAGGUUGUGCCAAUAGCCCAUGAAUCAUGAAUAUGAACAAGCUUUCGUUGGUAGGGAUGCAAUUACCUGAAAAAUAUAAGGAGAAUUUCAACGUUUCGAGCGGCUUAGAUCCCUUUAUAGAGGGUCCUGAAGGGGGGGGGGUCCCAAUCCCAUUUCCCACCUGAAAUUUUGACAAAAUCCCAGUCCCAGUUGGAUUUUUAUUAGAAAUCCCAGUCCGAGUUAUUGAAAUCCCAGUCAAUAUAAACCCCUUUAUUUAUCGGUACAAUAAACAGUUUUAAGACUUUUAAGCCACCGUGUGUGCAAGUGGCGAACACUUUAUGAAAUAUUGGGGGAUGGAGGUUCGUGCCGAAGGCACGGAAAAUUUUUAAAUUUGAAUCCCGGAAAUGGCAUUUGCAGCAUUCUGAGACAUGCAUAAUCAGAAAACCCAGAAUUUCGGGCGCCAGAGUAUGCCUGUUCUCAGGUAGUGCUGUGAAUAAUACAGUUAACAACAAAAAUCAUGACCAAAGACACCAAAAACGGAUCAAAAUUGUUUUUUUAAAAUACGGCUUAAAACGUAGAAAAAUUGGGAAUCGACUCGCAUUACCUCAAUCACAUUCCCAUUUUUGAGGACUUCAUUUCCCAUUCCCAGUGACCAAAUCCCAGUCCCAGCAACCCAAAUCCCAUUUUCCCAGUCUAAAAAUAGAUCAAUCCCAGUUCCCAUUUUACCCCUUCAGGGCCCUCUUUAUAGUGUUGUGCGAAAGAUAAAUAAGAAAUGGCAGUUACAGUGUAUCCAUAUCUCACACGUUUCAACAAUGACGACAAUGUGUUUUCUGAGCUAUAUGGAAUCACUGACCGUUCUUAAAUUAUACUCAUUCAAUUAUACUCAGAAAAUUCAAAAGAAAUUAAUGUUUAAUCGAUGUUUGUAAAUCGGAGAAAGAUUUGUCCUGAUUAACAUAAACUUCAGCUUUGAUUUUCUCGGCUUAGACAAUGUUUAUUUUUAAAAUUACUUCGCCAAUGAACUCAUAAGAUGGGUCGUUUUUUAAGUACUAGUUAAAACAUGAGCAGCCGAUCUUUAUCUGAUAUACAAACUCUCGCCUUUGGCUCGAGUUUGUAUAUCAUAUAAAGAUCGGCUGCUCAUGUUUUAAUAUUAACUAUGAGUACUUGACGCAUUAAGUUCUAUUGCGCUCUAAUGCGCCCUACAUUAUUAUUUUACUCUAUAUAUAACGAUAGAGACGACUGAUUUUACUCGUCAAUGGCGUAAAUGGGAGAGCGUUGGCGUUCUGCAGUGGACCGGUUAUAUAUAUGGGAGGUCUCAGAUUUCAAAAUUUCCCGGGGACCCCUAACAAACUCACGCCUUCAGCGUUCCCUAUAGCCCCCUUAAUCCAAAACUGGCUGCGUAGUCCCUGAAUUUAGUUGACCUACAUCGGAAAUUUUGCAAGCUUCCCGGCGGCUAUGGCUAGCAUGUGGUCGGUACAAGCUCGUUCGUCAGUCGGUUGAAAUCGACCUUACACCACCUGAAGAAUUUCCUGAGGACGGCCCUGGACGUCCAACGGCAUUUUUAGGCAGAUCGCAGAUGAAAUGCUCUCAAACGAUAAUAUAACUUACCAACCAUGCUACAUUCUGUUAUUAGAGUAAAAGAGAAGAAAUAAAAAUGAACGAUUCAGCAUUGGCAGCGAAACAAAAAGAUGAUUCUGACACUGCUCUAAGUUAUGACAGCAUUGGUAACACACAACAUGAGAUGAAAGAUUACAAGUCCGCAUUGGAGUCACAUCAACAUGCUCUUCAAAUCAGAUUAAAACUGUUCGGGGAAGACCAUUGUGACACUGCUCUAAGUUAUAACAACAUUGGAGUCAUACAACAUGAGAUGAAAGAUGACAAGUCAGCGUUGGAGUCGCAUCAACAUGCUCUUCAAAUCAGAUUAAAACUGUUUGGAGAAGACCAUUCUGACACUGCUAGAAGUUAUAACAACAUUGGAAACAUACAACAUGAGAUGAAAGAUUACAAGUCAGCGUUGGAAUCGUAUCAACAUGUUCUUCAAAUCAGAUUAGAACUGUUUGGAGAAGACCAUUCUGACACUGCUCGAAGUUAUUAUAACAUUGCAGUUACACAACAUGGGAUGAAAGAUUACAAGUCGGCGUUGGAGUCAUAUCAACAUUCUCUUCAAAUCAGGAUAAAGUUGUUUGGAGAAUACCAUUCUGACAUUGCUCGAAGUUAUUACAGUAUUGGUUCAGCACAACAUGAGAUGAAAGAUUACAAGUCAGCGUUGGAGUCAUAUCAACAUUCCCUUCAAAUCAGAAUAAAGUUGUUUGGUGAAGACCAUUCUGACACUGCUACAAGUUAUAACAACAUUGGUCUCACACAGCAUGCGAUGAAAGAUUACAAGUCGGCGUUGGAGUCAUAUCAACAUGUUCUUCAAAUUAGAUUAAAAUUGUAUGGAGAAUGUAAUUCCGACACUGCUGAAAGUUAUCGUAUAAUUGGAGUCACUCAACGUGCAAUGAAAAACUACAAAGCAGCAUUGAAGUCACAUCAAUAUGUUCUACAAACUAGAUUAAAGCUGCACGGGGAGUACCAUGCUGACACUGCUCGCAGUUAUUGCAGCCUUGGAAUCACACAACGUGAGAUGAAAGAUUACAAGUCAGCAUUAGAGUCGCAACAACACGCUUUACAAAUCAGGUUAAAAUUGUUUGGGGAGAAUCAUCCUGUUACUGUUCGAAGUUAUGAUAUCAUUGGAGAGACACAAUAUGAUAUGGAAGAUUACAAGUUAGCUGUAGAGUCACUUCAACACGCUCAUCAAAUUAGAUUAAACCUCUAUGGGAAAGAUCAUCCUGACACAGUUGAAAGCUACAAAAAUAUUGAACUCCUACAAGACCGCAUGAAAAAUGUUGUGGACAUCAUUGCACCAGAAAAACAGAAGGUUCAGGAUUGUAUGGAAUAUUUAUAAAGAACAUUUUCCAAAACUGCAAUAAAACAUGGAAUCAGGGGCGUAGCCAGCCCAAAAGAGUGUGUGU